CCCAUAAUCAAAUAUUGAUAAAAUAUUAGAAAUAAGAAAGAAAUAAAGAAACCUUGUUUUGUUCCAACCACAAAAGCAACAUUAAAAUGAACACAGCUUUACUCCGGUGGUCGAUCUGGUAAUUCUUCCUUUUCCUCUUCAAAGAUCAAACAGAAAAACAGAGUUUCAAGUUUUUACCCCGGCAUAGACUCGGUGAGUCGGCUGAUCCCAUUGAAAAUGGGUCAAGAAUCGUUGAUAUACAGCUUCGUGGCUCGUGGCACAGUGGUAUUGGCGGAGUACACCGAGUUCACCGGCAACUUUCCGGAGAUUGCAGCACGGUGCCUGCAGAGAUUGCCUUCUUCCAAUAACAAGUUCACUUACAAUUGUGAUCAUCAUACUUUUAACUUCCUUGUUGAAGAUGGCUUUGCUUAUUGCAUUGUAGCCAAAGAAUCUGUUGGAAAGCAUAUCUCAUUCACGUUUCUGGAACGCAUUAGAUCUGAUUUCAAGAAAAGAUAUGGUGGUGGUAAAGCGAGUACAGCAGUUGCCAAGAGUCUCAAUAAGGAAUUUGGGCCUCUUAUCAAAGAGCAAAUGCAAUAUACAAUAGAACAUGCUGAUGAGAUUGAUAAGCUGUUAAAAGUAAAGGCCCAAGUUUCACAAGUCAAAAGCAUUAUGCUGGAGAAUAUAGAUAAGGCUGUUGAUAGGGGAGAAAACUUAACCAUUCUUACCAACAAAGCUGAAGUGCUGCGUGAUUCGGCAAAAGAAUUUGAGAAAACAGGGACGCAAGUCCGAAGAAAGAUGUGGUAUCAGAAUAUGAAAAUAAAGUUGGUCGUGCUAGGAAUCCUCCUCCUCUUGGUCCUUAUCAUCUGGGUUUCCAUUUGCCAUGGUUUCAACUGCUCCAACUAGAAUAUAUUUACUUCCUGUUUGUUUUGUUACAGUCAGCUAUUACUCUCCUCCAUCAAUUCAGACUGUAUUAUUUCAUUUGGCGAUGGAGUUUUCUGUUGAACGAGAAAUAUCCUAUCGCACUUCAUGUAUACUGAAUGUCUUCUAAGCUUCAAUGUUUUUUAGUUAGUGCUGUAUGGUGCACAUAUAAUUGCUGCGAUAAUUCAUUCCGAAUUUCGUUGAAUGUAGACAUUCUUUUAAAGAUUUAUACAAAAUUAUCAAUAGAAGAUUUUGAUAUA